UGCACGGUUUCGAGAGACAGUGAACUUGACAGCUCGUCUCUUGUUCCUCCUCAGAUCUGCUUCAAGGAUCAGAGGGAUUCUUCGGAGGCUGCAGGAUGACAGGGGUCAUCAAAGGCCACCUGGACCCUUUAAAAGCUCCGUGUAGGGCCUGCACUCCGCACAACACGCGCACUGCUGAGAAGAGCUCAUCGCGCGCCUGUUCAGACAGCAGCAAACUUUCCCUCUGCAAACUUAUUGAGCACAUUUAAACCAUGGCACUACUUCCACUCGCUUUGGUGCUUGCUCUAGCGAGCCUGAGCUGCCUGGGGAUGAAGCAGCACAGCCAGCGAAGGGCGAGACAUCAUGCACAGCAUCACAGUGAACACGGGCACAGUGCUGGAGUCUACCAUCCUCACAGAUACCCAGUGUACAUGAUGCAGCUGUACAGAGACUACAGAUCAGUGGACAUGAGGAAGACAGCUGCCAGUGUCAACAGUGAUGCUUUGCAUCAGACUGACUCUGUACUGAGUUUAGUGGCCAAAGAUUGUCAUCAGGUCGGCGAGAGGUGGAAGGUCACUUUCGACAUGUCCUCGCUUUCUGGCAGCCAAGAAAUCCGGCUUUCCGAGCUGCGCCUCCGCGUGCCCGCCUUUUCCGCGUCCGUGCUGGAGCUCUAUCACGCGCGUAACAGCGCACCCGAGCAACGCGUCUUCCUCGGCAGCAUCAAGGUUACUCCGGGACUCGCCUCCUCCUCCUCCUCCUCCUCCUGGAAAGUCUUCAACGUCACGGAUCUCCUCACAUACUGGCUGCGUCAAGGGGGCGAGGAGCAGUGGCGUGCAAACGCGCCAGCGGCCGAAGAUGACAUACUGAGCGUUGUGGAAGAGGGCAGCGGUAAUGAUGCGACUGAACCAUCUCCACGCCGCAAAAUUCAACAGCUCACCACAGACCGAGUGAUGAUUGUAGUGUUCCUGAAGAGCGCGUCGACCCAGGGUCACCAGAGCAGCCCUACUCUAAUGCAGACAGUCCAGCACUCCAAAUACGCGCUCCUGGACCGACCUGGUAGCGCGAGGAGACGCAAGAGGAACCGGAUGGAGCCGGGACAUGUUCGGGAGGUGGCGAGUGAAAACGUUACCAUAACUGGGUCAGUCACAGAGUCCGUGCGGAGCCCGCUGUGCAGGCGAGUGGACAUGUGGGUGGAUUUUGACCAGAUUGGAUGGAAUGAGUGGAUUGUGCAUCCGAAACGCUACAAUGCGUACAGAUGUGAAGGAGAGUGUCCAGUUCCGCUGGACGAAUCUUUCAAGCCUACAAAUCACGCCUACAUGCAGAGUCUGCUGAAGUUUCACCAUCCGGAGCGCGUUCCCUGUGCGUCGUGCGCGCCCACGCGCCUCAGCUCCCUCUCCAUGCUGUAUUACGAGGGCGAUGACGUAGUGCUGCGUCACCACGAGGACAUGAUCGUAGAAGAGUGCGGCUGCCAGUGAAAGUUUCUCCUGGAUUAUCAAGACACUUUCUCACUUACUCUUCUUACCUUGCACACUUCUUUGAUGACACAGUUUUGUCUGUGUUUGUGACCAGUAACUAAAUGGAGUGAACCCGGUGAUUCAGUGGAUCUGAUGACAAAAGCCACUAGUCUACUGAGAGAACUGAAAUAUUUAAUAUUUAAAUAGAAUGUUUAAUAUGUGAUUUUGUAAGUGGAGUCAUUUCUAAUAAUUUCUAUGUGUACAAAAUGUAUAUAUGAGGAGUUCAUGCAUAAAAAAUAUAUUUUUAAUACAUAAUA